AUGGUGUUGAACCCGACCCAGCCAAAGCCUGGCUCCUCAAAAGUGAAACAUCUCGACGAUUUGGCGUCAGAAUUUGGCUCUGAUGCCGCCGCAAUUCGAGCCAACGAAGGCGAGGCUGCUAGCUACGGAGUCUACUUCGAUGAUACCGAAUACGAUUAUAUGCAGCAUUUGCGCGAUCUCAACUCGGCGUCCAGUGGGGAGGUUGUUUUCAUCGAGGCGAAUACCAAGAGUAAGGGGAAACAAAAGGAAUCAUUAGAAGAUGCGCUGAAGAAAAUGGAUCUGGAGCAAAAGUCGGGCGACUUAUUUGAGGAUGAAAUGCUGCCCUCAAAGAACCUCACCCGGGUCACCUACCAGGCCCAACAAGAUGUCCCUGAUUCGAUUCGCGGAUUUCAGCCGGACAUGGACCCUAGAUUAAGGGAGGUUCUCGAGGCCUUGGAUGACGAGGCUUACGUAGACGACGAGGACGACGAUAUUUUCAAAAACCUCACAAAAGACGGACAGGAGAUCAAAGAUGGUGAAUUUGAUGACGCCGACUUUUUCGACGAGGAUGAAGAUGGCUGGGAGUCGGAUGAUACCGCCAAGCCCACAAAGGAGUACAAGGAAGUAAUACCAGAGCUCGUUGCAGUGCCAGAGCACCCCGAGGUCGGGCCGUCACAAGACUGGAUGGAGGACUUUAAGCAAUUCAAAAAGGAACAAAAGUCUGGCAAGCCUCGCGCUGCGCCGUCCCACUCCGAACUCCAGUCCACUUGGACGACCACCACAAAUGGCGGUCGAAAGAAGAAGAGAAAGGGUGCUUUGACCGACGCGUCCAACUACUCCAUGACAUCGUCAUCGCUUGUGCGCACAGAGCAAAUGUCUCUUCUGGACGCCAGGUUCGACAAGAUUGAGGAAUCGUAUCUGGAAGACCCAGAGGACGACAUGGCUUCUAUUUCCCAGGCAUCAACAUCUAGCGUCGUUGGACCUACGAGAAGAGACUUUGACGGAAUUCUGGACGACUUCCUCGGGAGUUACACGAAACCUGGAAAGAGAACGUCUAAAAAGUCCAAGGCACAGACUGGCUUGGAACAGUUGGAAGAGAUACGAAGGGAGUUGGGUCCGCCUCGCAUUCGCGGUCGAAAUGUUGGAACAUAG